UUUGCGCCGUCAACAGAGAGUUCUUUAUCAACCUGGGGAGCUAUGAUGAAGGGAUGGAGGUUUGGGGAGGAGAGAAUCUUGAACUAUCAUUUAGGACAUGGAUGUGUGGCGGUUCAAUGAAGGUAUUUCCCUGCUCACAUAUCGGGCACGUAUCCCGUGACCACAACACAUACUCGCGUGCCCCUUUCUGGAAAAACGUGAUGCGACUCGCUGAAGUAUGGUUGGAUGAUUACAAGAGGCAUUUCUACGUUCGAGUUCCACUUUCUGAGCGAAACCAAGAUGUUGGCGAUGUCACAAAAAGAAAAGAGCUCCGACAGAGACUGAAAUGUCACGACUUUAAAUGGUAUCUUGACAACGUUUUUCCUGAGCAGUCCGUACCUGAGGAUAGACCUGGGUUCUAUGGACCGAUUGAGAGCGUAUUGCUUAAAGAUAAUUGCUUGGACGUGAGCUUUGAUGCAACGAAUCAAGCUGUUGUUCAAAUGUAUCAAUGCCAUGGUAUGUCGAACCAGUUUUUUGAAUACACCUCGAAGAACGAGAUUCGUUAUAAUCAGGUAAGCGAAAAGUGCUUGGAUGCAGUGGUGAUGACGUUAUAACUCAGGAUUGUACAUCAGACAAAAUGAUGGACAGUGAAACUCAGAUCUGGAAGUUUGAUUUGGGCGGUACUAUAAUAAACCAAGCAACCGGGAAAUGCAUAGAAGCUUCUCUACAACCGAAUCUAAUUUACAAAGCUGUGUUAAGGACAUGUAAUCCACAGUCAGAUUCUCAAAAGUGGAAAUUCCGGAGAUAACCCUUACUCUGGAUAUAAGUUAGUGGCCAUACCCUCCCCGCCAGGGCUGUAUAAUGUUUCUACCACGACGUAUACCGUACUCAGACCUACUAAACAAAUGUUUUGGGUAUAAAUCACUAGUAUUCAAUAAAAUCAGGUUAGUUUGUUCGUUAAAACCGGAAGUCUGACAACCGAAGGUGGGAUUGAAGUUUUAACCGAUGUGUGGUUUAAAAAUUACAUAAUGUUGUAUGUUUAUUACAAGGUGUAUUUAGAUAGCUUUUUUGUGUAAUAACUUUGAUCUUGUCGAAAAUUUAGUUUACGAACCUUGUAGAAGCAAAAUCAACUGAAUGAGGAUGAACACCUAUAGUUGAAACGUUAUUUAAUGUUUGUUUUCGGUGAAUGACAAAUUUUGUUGCAUUUUCAAGAUUAUUACUGUACUGCGCAAAUAUAUGUGUAUUGUAAUGUUUCAAAGGUGUGUACUUGUUUAAUAACUUUCUUAAUUUCGUAUUUUGCACAACUGCUUUCUAUAUGAAUAUACAACGUGUUAUGUUAUUUCCAUCGCUUUGGAAACUCUUGUUUUCCCUUGCUACCGUAUUUAAAAUCAUUUUCCAGUAGACCUUGGCAGCUAAAUACAAAGCAAGAAUUCUUCUGA